UUUCUGGUGUCAUCUAAUUGUCUUCGUCAAUGGUUUUUGGGGAUGCCCUCGUGCCAGACCGUUGGCGUUGUUUUGGUGUUCAGAAGAAAUGCUUAGUUUGAUCUUCAUUUCUUUGUUAAUUCCAUUGGUCAACGGUUUGGGGCCAGGUGAGGGCAGGGUGUCGGCAAAUUGAAUGGGCAGCUCUACGAAGUUUCUGCAAAUCUAGUUGAGUGACUACUGCAAAAGGGUCAUCAGUUUAUGCCAAGGAUUGGAAAAAUGUAAGCCAAAAAGAGGGACGACCUAGAUUCUUACAGUUUAAAGGCUAAAGCUUUAUUUGGUUUGGAAUUGAUAAACCAUUUUUGAACAAAGGUAGUGCAAAGAAGAAAUUCCAAGCCUGCAAAGGAAAAUUGUAAUUGUCAUAAACAAGAAGUUGGAGGGCUUCCUAGAUUCUCUGUAGAAAUACACUACACCAAGGUACAUUUCUUUAACUACUUACUCGGAGCUCUGGUCUGGAGUACGUCAUUCUUACUCCACUGUGCUGGUAUGUCUGAUUUAGUCAACGGUGCAGUAGUUGGUGUUAUAGUUGCAGAGCUGCUGAAAGCUAUUCUAGAGGGAGAGGAGACCGCUAUGAACUUCCGUGACUGCUUUCAUCGGUUGCAAAAGACUGUAGAAACUUUACAAGUUACAGUAUUGGAGGUUAAACGAUUAGAUGAGGAGUUAAGGGAUACCAAACUGGAUGACAAGGCAACAGUUCGAAGACGAGAAAACAUGACUGAACUAUUAGAUUGUUUGGAAUACGGCAAACAUUUGAUCAAUAAAUGUUCCAUGCUGCCAAAUUGGAAAAUCUGGAAGAGGUACAUGUAUGCCAAGAAAUUAAUGAACUUAGAUGCACAGUUGCUAAGGUUUACAAGUAUGAAUAUGCAGGCCGAAAUAUGGGUGGAUACAAAACAGAUGAUGGCAGAGGCAAAGAGGCUGUACACGGAAUUAAGUAGCUUGGGCAUGAACUCUACUUCUCGUAGUGGAAAGUUUGCUUACUCAAAUUCAAUGCCCCAGCUUCCAAGCAAAAUUGUUGGUUUGAGUGUUCCUCUGGAAGAGUUAAAGAGGAAGCUGCUCUUUGACAAUGUCAAUGUUAUUGGAAUAUGUGCACCCGGAGGAUGCGGGAAGACGACCUUGGCAACAAAGCUCUGUCAAGAUAACAAAGUACAAGCUGCAUUCGCAGAGAUUGUUUUCAUUACAGUCUCUGAGACGCCAAACUUGCUAGAGAUAUAUCAAAGACUGUGGGCAAAGCUGGUCAAUGCCAGUUGCAUACCUAAUUUUAUUACUGAGAAUGAUGCAAUCGAUCAGUUAACAGACAGUCUGAGCAACAGAAAGCAAAAACCUGCUCUAGUGCUUUUAGAUGAUGUUUGGUCUGAAUCAGUACUCCAGAGGCUUGUAUUCAGGAAGAUGGGCUUAAAAACACUAGUCACAUCAAGAAUCAAUUUUAAAGGUCUUGAUGUAGUUUAUCCUUUACAAAUGCUGGGACAAGAAGAUGCCAGGGAUCUCUUCUGUCAAUCAGCUUUCGUCCCUGAUCAAGCCCUUGAUAAGUUGGAUCAUGAGCUUCUGGAACAGAUGGAACAGAUAGUGAAAGGUUGCAAAGGUCUGCCACUGGCACUAAAAGUAAUUGGAGGCUCACUGAGGCAGGAACCUGUCAGAAAAUGGCGCAAGACAGCACAGAUGCUCCAGCAAGGAAAUCAAAUCUUUGAGAUGCAUGACGAUCUCCUGAGAUGCUUGAGCAGCAGCUUAAACUCCUUGAGUAAAAUACUUACAGAGUGUUUCAUGGACCUGGGUACUUUUCCGGAAGAUGAAAAGAUUCCUGCAGCUUCUCUCAUUGAUAUGUGGGUCGAAAUCCAUGGCUUAACUGAGGAUGAUGCGUAUGUUGUUUUGCUUGAACUUGCCAGCAGAAACCUUGUUACACUUGUUGAGAGAACAAGGAGUGAGGCUGGGGAUGUAGAUGGGAGCUUCAGUGACCUCUUUGUUUUUCAGCAUGACCUGCUGAGAGAAUUGGCAAUCUAUACCAGCCGUGUGAACAAUGGCCAUCCGGCGACGAGGCUUAUCUUGAGUGAAGGAGAUCUUCUGAAAAUCUCGCAGCGACAGAAGGAACAAGCAUCCCUGGCUGAGAUUGUUUCCUUCCUCACUGGUCAAAUGGGUCCCGGGAACUGGUUUGAUAUACCUUUUCCUCAUGCUGAGGUCUUGAUCCUGAAUUUCUCAGCUGACUCGUAUUUCUUACCUCCAUUUCUGGAGAAAAUGGAAAACCUCAAGGUUUUGAUUUGUGCAAACCACAGCGCACGCCCUGCAGAAUUACACGGCCUGUCUGCAUUGGGUUCCCUGAAGAAUCUCCACAGAAUAAGACUGGAGAAAAUAUCAAUCCCUCCUCUUUCUACUUUUACACAAGCAAUGCAGACAGUGCAGAAGCUAGUAAUGGUGCUCUGUGAGGUCAGUCAAGUCAUUCAUUGGGAUAUUCAUAGCAUCUUUCCAAUGUUAACGGAGCUAGAACUGGACUACUGCCACGGUGUAGAGACAUUGCCUCCUGGAUUAUGCAGUCUUACCAAUCUACAGAAACUAAGCAUAACAAAUUGCCCUGAUCUAGUUGAACUGCCCGAGGGAAUAGGUGGAUUAGGAAGAUUAGAGGUCCUAAGGUUACACUCUUGUUCAAGUUUGGAAGGCCUUCCGGAUUCUUCAUGUGAACUUGGAAGCCUCAGAUUCUUGGAUCUGUCUCAUUGCUCGAGCAUUGAGAGCUUGCCAGACAACAUCGGCCAGUUGCAGCAUUUGAAAAGAAUUGAUAUGAGAUGGUGCUUAGGCCUGAGGGAAGUGCCUACAUCGGUGACACAGUUGAAAUGUCUUAGAGCAGUUGUAUGUGAUGAGGAUACUGCUUAUCUAUGGAGGCCUUUUGAGCAUGUGCUUAGCAAAGUAACGUUUCACAUUCCUAAAGAAGAUGUGAACUUGAAAUUUCUUGUCUAAUAAUUAAGACUAUCCAGUGCCCCGGGCUCGUUUGGCAAAGGUAACAACAUGUAGAGUUUUCAUGAAGCUGGCCUGAAAAUUAGGGCCACGAUCUGUAGAAGCUGAGCAUUACUAACUGCCACGAUUUAAGUGAGUUGCUUGAGGAAAUCUGUAGGUUGAUCAAGUUAAGAGGUCUUGAGGCUGUCUGCAUGCACAUCACUGGAAAGGCUGCCCGGAUUCUUUACAUGAACUAAAGAAACUGAGAUUUCUUGAUCUCUUCCACUGUUUGGAUAUACAGUAUCUUCCCAACAGCAUAGCUCGCUGCUUGCUAGGUGAUUGCUCUGAUUCCAAUUUAUAGGGUCGGCCUGCCGAGAGUGGUCGAGAGGCUGCCGAGGCGUUGCUGAGCCCUAUGCUACACCCAAGGAUCUCCCCUAGCUUAAAAUCUCACGGGAGGUUAAGGCCAUUACAAGUUAUUUUCCCCAAGCCGGCCAGCAUCCCUAACCCAAUUACCCAUGAAGCUCGAUACGGUCCGUCCCAGCCCUGAACUCACUGUCCUCUGAUGCUAAUCUGCAUUGGGCCCGUUGGCUGUUCGCUGUGGCAGGCUGAGCUAAGAUGGCUCCCGGUUCGUCUUCAUCGGCGGCGGCUAGGCCUGGGAUCUCCCUGUUCACCGGUUUGGGUCUAGCUCACCAACACCGGAAACACCCACUCCGUCGUCUUGCAGUGUUCCCCGAAUGAGGGCAAGCGGAAGGUAAGUGGGCUCAACUAUUGCUGAUCUCCUUCGAUCGGGGGGUCGAGCAUAUGCAUGCUGCAUUGCUUGGAAAAAAUUGACUUCAGAAAAUGCUCUGGGAAGAUUGGCAAUCAAUCUCGAGGGCCUAAGAGAUGUCAUCUAUGAUGAAUUGAAGAUGUCUUGACCCUUUGGGUGAGUGUCAAGACCAAGUCAAGAAGGCCGAUGGUGCUAACAUGUAACUUAACGUCUUCUACUUAUUGUAAAUUAAAAUGGUGCUGCUUUGGCCGGAUGAGUCAUUUUAUAUUAGUUUUUUCCUUGAUUUACUAGAUAUUUUAAAAGUAUUUCUUAACUAAUUUCGAGGAAAUGUUUGACUGCUGAAA